UUCCUGAACACGCAGUCAGGUGUCGCGUGUCUUUUGCGUUACCGGCGACGUCCAUGAUUUUCCCACGUCCACGUAGCGUUGGUUUUUCAUCUCCCAUUUUAUCACCGGGAGAGCUGAGCUGCUGGAUGAAAUGUUUUGAGAGAAAACUGACGUCGUGUAGGCGUGGUGUGUGCCAGCGUGCAGAGAGAAGCCCACCGCAGAACCGUUAAUCCAGUCCGGACACCACGUUUUAGUGGAAUUUAGCCUACAUUUGGCCAAACUUUACCAUCCGCUGCUAUUUAUAAAGGGAUUCAUUCAUAGCAGACUAUUUGAGAGGAUAAGUUUGUAACUCGCCUGCUCUAUGGAAAAAAGAGAACGCCCAGCACGGCAUCUCAAAUCGAGGUGAGAGUGCGCUUUAUAAACCGACGCCGAGGCACCGCUGCCAUAGUGAAUGAGAACCAGCAACGUUUAACCAGACCGACAAGAAUACCUCUCACUUGAUGACUGACACCAUUUAAGACAGACGGGGAUCUUCAGUCAGUGAUGUAGACAAGGAUGAUGAAGUUACAUAGGGAAGGCUGUGUGGGGAGGAAGUGCAUCACCUGAUUCUCCUCCACUUCCUCAUCCCCUCUGAGUCGUGUCCUCUGAUUGGGUGGGUGGAGCACAAUGUCAUCGACCACACCCACCUCAGCCCCGCCUUCCAAGAAGACGCGUGGGAAGGAGAGGACGGAGGUCAUGGGCGACUUGCCGCAGACAGCCAAUGAGGAGCUGAGGAGCAAGCUGAUGGAUUUCCAGAUAGAACUGCAGCAGGAGAAGGGCAAGGUCUCUAAGCUGAGAGAGCGUCUCCAGGAGCAGAGGCAAGCCAGGGAGCUGGAACAACACAAACACACAGUGGUCCUCACUGACCUCCGCGCCAAACUGCACGAGGAGAAGCUCCGCGAGCUGGCUUCCGCUCGGGAGUCAUUGGCACGGCAACACGAGUUGGAGCUAUCACGUACCAUUAAGAUCCGCGACGGGGAGGUGCAGCGGCUCCAGGGGCUGGUCCAUGCGCUAAGGGACGGGGCGGCUGACAAGCUGAAGAGCGCCCUGCUAGGAGAGGCCCGGGAGGAGGCCAAGAGGGCCUUCGAUGGGGAGAGACUCAAACUGCAGCAGGAGGUCAUGAAGCAGGAGACGGCACGGAAGCAGGUUGAGGAGGCUCUGGCUAACUCACUGCAGGCAGACAAGGCCAAAGCAGCCGACCUCCGAACAGCCUACCAGCAGCACCAGGAUGAGAUCAACCGCAUCAAGAGAGACUGCGAGAGAGACAUCCGAAGGGUGAUGGAUGAGCUGAAGGGGAAGGACCGCGUGGUGUCUGCGUUGGAGAGGGAGCUGGGGUUGCAGGCAGGUUAUGCUCAGAAGCUCCAGCUGCAGAAGGAGGCUCUGGAUGAGCAGCUGGGCCAAGUCAGGGAGGCAGAGAGGCACCACGGCAGUCCCAAGAGAGAGGUGGUCCCUACCCUGGGGGAAACCCAGGACUAUAUCAACAACCAGGAGGUGGAAGAUCUUCGGGAUGCGAGGAGGUUCCAGCUGAAGAUAGCUGAGCUCCACUCUGUUACCAGGAAGCUGGAGGACAGGAACGCACUGCUGGCAGAUGAGAGGAACGAACUGUUGAAGAGGGUGCGUGAGGCAGAGAGUCAGAUGAAGCCCCUGUUAGAUAAGUAUAAGAGGAUGUCGAAGAAGAAUGAUGAUCUCCUGCAGACUUUGCAGCGCAUGGAGGAGAAACUCAAGAACCUCAGCAGAGAGAACGCAGAGAUGAAGGAGAAGGCGCACUCUCGUUCCCAGCAGCCCCAGCAGCUGAAGAGGCCUACCUCCCUGACAGACCUAAGCCACGCCCACGAGGAACAGGAAGUGGAGUUCCUCAAGCUGCAGGUUGCCGAGCAACGAGGCAUCAUCGACGAACUCACGCAGGAACGUGACAGACUGAUGCUCUGCAAAAAUAACCGAAGAAAAACCCUCAAACUACCACCUAAAAGGCAUGUUGUGGAGACGUAUUUUGGAUUUGACGAGGAGUCUGUGGACUCUGAAACGUCAUCUCUGACCUCUUACAUCACUGACCUCACGGACCGUACCCCCGCUACACCCGAGGAGGACCUGGAAGACGGUGUAUCUCGUGAAGAGGCAGAACUGAGGUUCAGACAGCUGACCAGAGAGUACCAGGCUCUCCAGCGGGCCUACGCCCUCCUGCAGGAACAGGCUGGGGGGUCGCACGACGCUGAGAGAGAAGCCAGGAACCGUGAGCAGUUGCAGGCGGAUCUAAUAGGCUGCAAGGCAAAGAUUGGAGACCUGGAGAAGGCAUUAGCCGAGAGGGGGCAGGACUCUAAGUGGGUGGAGGAGAAGCAGUACCUCAUCAGGGCCAAUCAGGAACUCCACGACAAGAUGUGUGUGUUACAGCAGACUGAGUCGAAGCUGCAGGCAGAGGUGCAGGACUCGAGGGACCAGAAUGAGCUGCUGGAAUUCAGAGUGCUGGAGCUGGAAGUAAGAGAGUGUACGACCAUCAAACUGUCCCCAGGGGGUGACACCGGCCUGCACACCCGACGCAGGACCUACAUACAGUGACCAGAAUACAAACACACACACACACACACUCCUGUGCUUCGACCCAUUGUAUGUACCCUGUAUUUCCUCGUUUUGCUUUCUGACUGCCUUACCAUCCCCACUGAACUGGAAACUUGUAUUUUUGAAGUUGAAAGAUGUACAAGAAUGUUGUCUUAAGUGAGAUGAAUAUAAAUUUGUAUGGAAUAAAAUGUAUUUAAGUUCACCAUC